AAUUAAAAGAUAUGUUAUUUUUUCUACAUCUCUUUUACUUACAUACAUUAAUAUCGUCAAAAUCAAAGCUUUGAAGCAAUCAGACUUAACAUGCGCAGAACGUACGAAAACUUGUAUGACAGAUAUGAUCUCUCGUUGAACAAAUAAUAGAAAAAUAGAUUAAUAUGACGUAUAUUGAUAAGUAUUGUUGAUUUACGUAUGAAAAUGGUUGAAAUAGGAGUAAAUUUAAAAGCAGUUCGUGAUAAAAUUCUUGCUGCUUGUGCUAGGAGACCUGGAGAGUAUAACUACUUUGAGCCACGUUUAGUAGCUGUGAGUAAAUUAAAACUACCUGAAUUAAUCAUACAAGCUUAUGAAGCUGGUCAAAAACAUUUUGGAGAAAACUAUGUGAAUGAAUUAGUAGAAAAGGCAAAUAAUCCAAACAUUUUAGAAAAAUGUAAAGAGAUACGUUGGCACUUUAUUGGUCAUUUGCAGCGCAAUAAAGUAAACAGGGUUCUAAGUAUACCAAAUUUAUAUAUUAUAGAAACUGUAGAUAAUGAAAAACUUGCAGCUACAUUACAUAACUCUUGGCCUAAGUUUAGAAAAGUCGAAGAAGAAAAAUUAAAAGUAAUGAUACAAAUUAAUACCAGCAAAGAAGAAGAAAAAAGUGGCUGUGAAGUUGAAAAUGUUUGUUCCUUUGUAAAGUAUGUUAUUGAUCAUUGUCAGAAUCUAGAAUUUGUGGGACUUAUGACAAUAGGAAUGUUUGGAUAUGACCUUACAAAAGGCCCAAAUCCUGAUUUUUUGUGUUUAAAAGAAUGUAGAAACGAAGUUUCUAAAGAAUUAAAUAUUGAUCCAACAAAAAUAGAGCUAUCAAUGGGAAUGUCAAAUGAUUUUGAGCAUGCGAUUGAGCAAGGCAGUACAAAUGUUAGAGUGGGUAGUGCUAUUUUUGGAGAAAGGCCAAAAAAGGAGACUUAGAAACAAUAUAUGUAUAUUAUCCUUUGUACAAUAUUAUUACAAAUAUGUUUUGUAUGUAUAAAAAGGUAAGUUAAUUAAUAUAAAAUAGAAUGAGAGGAAACAUUAACACUUAUUUUUACAACUGUAUGAUUGUUAUCAAAGAUGAGAUUUAUAUAAAUGAUGAUUGACUAUGAUCUUGGUAUAAUCCUAGGGAAGGUUAAAGAAAGCCAGAAGAGCUAAGAAAAACUAGAGAAAGAUAGGGAGAGCCAGGGAAAAUGUACUUUCUAUAUUUGAAGAGUUAUAAUAUGUUAUAAAAGAAAUGAUAAUAUUAGAUAUUCUUUCCUUUAUCUAUAUUUUAAUGUAAUUUUGCAAACAUCAGCUACUAAUUACUGUAUUCAGAAGAAAUUAGGAAAUAGAUCAUCAUUAUAUAUGUGUAUUGCAUAAUAUGUUACAUUAUUUUAUUAUUUCCUGAUAAACUUUGUUUACUUGCAAAUUAUUUAACUAAUUACUUUAGUAAAUAUCGAUAACAUACACUACUGUUUACGUAUGAAUUGUAUACAUACAGUUAAAUUUAGUUACCUAUCAUCAGCAUACAUUUUUGAUAAAGUGCCAACUUUAAAACAGGAAGGCGGUCUCAAAUGCCAUACAAGCUAAUCAAUUAAAUAAGAUACUAAUAUACUUAUGGGUGUUAUUUUUAAACGAUAACAUCCUCAAAGAUUGCAUCAUAAACUGCAAUUAAAGAUUGAGUAUGUAAUACGUUCAUUUUUUUGUCUGAAGAACUUUUCACAUGUAACAUAAUAAUUAAUUAUAUUUCUUUCAAUGGGUGCUACAGAUGGUUCCUCCAUUCUUUUUUUAAUUUUACUUUUAAAUACAUUGAGCGUGAAAAAUAGUAUUUAAAAUUUACCGAAAUAAAAAAAUAUUUUUUUAUAGUUUACUUGAAAUUCACGCUUUCUUCUGUUAUUAGUUCUUCUCAUACGAUAAGCUAUUAUAUAAAAUAAUGUGUAUUAUACCUAUUACUGAUGUGUAUGGUGAAUGAAAAUUAGGAGCAUUAAUUGUAAAGUUUAAAGUAUUUUUAUUAUAUGAACAAUAAUAUGGAGAUUCAAAGUCUCGUUUAUCGACAAAUUCUCUGUUUCUACUUCCAAGAAAAUAUUCUACAAUUGUCUGUUAUUUAAUUAUUUCAAGUAUUGAAUAUUUCCCUUAAGGAACAACUUUCUUAUCGAAGAACAAAAUAAAGGGAAUAAUUUACACGUUGUUCUUUAGAAGCAGAUCAAGAGAAUCUGACGCUAAUACGAGACUUCAUGUUUAAUGAACAGAGA